CAAAGUAAAUCGGCAUAUUAGCAUUUCACAAUUAUUUUUACACUAAAAAAAAGAAAGUUGAGGAAAAUAACACUCUUGUGUUGUUGGUAGACACCAGAAAUUUUGAUGCUCUGAGAUCUUCAUCUUCUUCAUCCAUCCCCUCCAAAUUCCUUCAUUUCCCCCUUUUUGUGGUUAUCAUUUCUAAAUAUAUCGCAUUUAAUUGUCCCAUACCAUUCCUAUUUCAAUUUUUAUUUUCUUAUAAAAUCAUCUAUAAGAGAGAGAGAGUUGGAAAAGAAGAGAGAGAGAGAGAGAGAGAGAGAGAGGUGGACAUGGUGUUAAGAAGAGGCACCCAGUGCGAUUUAUUGUUGGCCUAUGGAAGGAAUAUACCAGUGAUUUUUGUGCUGUUGCUGCUGAUUUUCGUGAGAGAAAAUGGAGUGAGAGCGUCGAUCCACGAGUAUAAGAAUGAAGCUUUCAUCCCUCGCUUCAACUCUUUCUUCUUUCACGGCGGCAGUGAAGGACUCUAUGCUUCUAAGGUUCUCGAUCCUCCCAAAAAUACGCCCACUGAUGAUAAUAAUAAACCCCUCAAUGGAAAAUCUUUCAUCAGGUUUGAGUCUGUCACAUUUAGGAGGCCAACGGAGGUUGCCCAGAAGCAGAACGAAUAUCAGCAGAGUACUGGAGUGGUAGAGGCCAUUAUAGUUGAGGUUAAAGACAGUGAUAAGAUUGGAAGAGCUUAUAUGAACUCCAAUGCCAUAUGUUGCAAUCGUACUCUUGCUAAGGAAGGGGUCUGCAAGGUUGGUGAGGUCAUUAUCCGUAAUCCUCCUGAUAACCCAGAGUGGCCAAAAAGGCUUCAGGUUGCAUUUGAAGGGGUCAAUGAAGAGGCUAAGAUGGACUUCCAAACCGUUGAGAUUGACAAAACUGGUAUGUACUAUCUAUAUUUUGUGGUUUGUGAUCCACAGCUGAAGGGCACAUUAAUCAGUGGAAGAACUGUCUGGAGGAACCCAGAAGGUUAUCUACCGGGGAAAAUGGCACCAAUGAUGACAUUUUAUGGUUUUAUGUCCCUUGCGUAUCUUAUUCUUGGUCUCUUGUGGUUUCUGCGGUUUGUACAACAGUGGAAAGAUAUAAUUCAACUGCAUUAUCAAAUCACUGCUGUGAUUGGUUUAGGAAUGUGUGAAAUGGCUCUUUGGUACUUUGAAUAUGCAAACUUUAAUGCCACUGGCAGCAGACCAAUUGGUAUUACACUGUGGGCAGUUACAUUCACUGCUAUAAAGAAAACUGUCUCCCGCCUUCUGUUGCUUGUGGUUUCAAUGGGUUAUGGUGUUAUGAGACCAACCUUAGGAGGAAUAAGUGCGAAAGUAAUUCUUCUCGGUAUGGUUUAUUUCAUGGCAUCAGAAGCGCUGGAGCUUGUUGAACAUUUAGGAAAUAUCAAUGACUUUGCUGGAAAAACCAGGCUCUUUUUGGUACUACCAGUAGCACUUCUGGACGCAUGCUUUAUCGUUUGGAUCUUUUCAUCAUUAUCCAAAACAUUGGAGAAGCUUCAGAUACGUAGAAGCAUGGCAAAACUUGAGCUUUAUCGCAAGUUCACCAAUGCUUUGGCAAUAUCCAUUUUGCUUUCGGUAGCUUGGAUUGGCUAUGAGUUGUAUUUCAAUGCCAGUGACCCCCUUAGUGAAUCGUGGCGAAGAGCGUGGAUUAUCCCAGCUUUCUGGACUUUGCUUGCCUUCAUCUUGUUGGUAGUCAUAUGCAUCCUUUUUGCUCCUUCUAAUAACCCUACGAGAUAUGCGUACGAGACAGGUGAAGAUGAUGAGGAGGGCAUAUCACUGACCGGUGCGGGAGUAGUAGUGGGUGGAGAGUUGGCAUCAAAAGUGGAAAGAAAAGAAAGGAAGGCAUCGAUUGCAUCAGAUCAUGUGUUCGGUCUUGGGGAAGAUGUUGAGGAGGACAAAAGAGAAUGAAUCAUGGCAGUGGCUGCUUAUUAUGUGCAUAUACAAAACAACAUCCCACUUGUGUCCCCACUGUAAACACUACUCAACUAACUCAAUUUAUACAAUCUAAUAAACUUUGCAAACACAAA